AUGAUUCUGAGGGAGGAAGAAGGUAUCUACCUGUCUGUGUUAUCAUUGCAGAACUCCUCUGAUAAAGCAUCCAUCCUGCCCAUCCUCCAAGUCCUCAGCGAUCUGCUUUCUGUUGGUACAGACCGGAGGAUUUAUUAUAUGAUCAACAAAGGUGGCAGUGAAGCCCUUCUGCAGACUCUGGUGGACACAUCAAGGUCAGCUUCUCCUGACUGGGACAUCCUCCUGCCUCUCUUCAGGCUGCUGGCUAAAGUUGGCCUAAGAGAUAAGAAGUUUGGACAGAAGGCACUAGAAUUAGAAGCGCUUGAUGUGACCUUGAUUCUGGCCAGGAAAAACCUUUCUCACAGCCAGAACCUCCUGCACUGUCUCUGGGCAUUGCGUGUAUUUGCAUCCAGUGUAACCACGGGAGCCAUGCUGGGAAUUAACGGAGCGAUGGAACUGCUCUUCAAGGUCAUUUCUCCUUACACCCGAAAGCACACCCGGACAAUCAGGGCAGCCACUGAAGUUUUGGCAGCAUUGCUGAAAUCCAAGUCUAACAGCCGCAGGGCAGUGAACAGAGGCUAUGUCAACAGCUUGCUCAGGCUGCAUCAGGACUGGCACAGCCGUGAUGUGACCAAUACUUACCUGAUCAUCCGCCAUGGGCUUCUGCUCUGCCUCAGGCACAUCGUCGCCCUCCGGUCUGGCAGGGAGGCCUUCCUGGCAGCCCAAGGCAUGGAGACUUUCUUCAACAUUGCACAGACCUGCCUGGAGAACAAGAACAUGGAACUUGUGAUCUCUGCUGUGAUUCAGAUCCUCAGGCAGUGUUACCCUGUGAGUCGGCUUCCCCUGGUCACAGUCAGCAGUGCCUACACCUUCACAGCCCCCGGAAGCACCAGCCCUGAGCUUCCACACCAUCUAACUGAAGAAGAUUUUGAUGAUGACGGUGAUGAAGAGAUGGACAAAGACUCAGAUGUGGAAGCUGUGAAGGAAGAUGAUGACUUGGAAACUGAUAUGAGCAAACUUAGUUCUAAACCUGGUCGUGAGCUACCUGAGGAGGAUCUUGCACAGUAUGAUGCAAUGUGUCUUGAACUCUCCUGUAACUUUGAGGAACUAGAACCCAAAUAUGGAGAUGAUUUAAACAUCAAAGACAAUCUGCAUGCCAAUCACCACCACAUUCCAAGUGCUGCCUCUCUAAGACAACACUGUUUAAUCAGGGAGCACAACUCCUGGGAACAAGAAAGAGAAGACUCAGUCCACACAUCCAUUCUGCACAUGGUGAAGACAGGGAAGUCCAAUGUACAGCCAUCCUCAAAACUAAGAUCUGCAACAAACGUGAACCAAAGCAUACAACAAAACGGUUUGGGGAGAGCUUCUUCUGGACAUGAUACCUCUGAGAUUCAGCCUCCUUCAGAACAGGCUGCUUGGGACAUUGAAGCAAUUUCUUGCCCAAGGAUAACUGCCUCAUUUUCGAACUCUACUAAGUCAGAAGAAAGCAAUGAAGGAACAGAGAAGCUUCUGCACACACAUCCCAAGCACACACCUUUCCAUGAUCCUCAUCUUUAUAUGGCUAAUGCUACACGGACGAGAUCUGUUGUGGGAUUCAAGACAAUGGCAUUUCCUGAUCUCUGGGGGCACUGUUCACCUCCCACUGCCCAACCCAUGCUUGAUCGCAAACUGGGAAUACAGAGGAUCAAGAUACUUGAGGAUGUCCGGAGGUUCCUCCAGCCAAGUGAUGUUAUAAACAAAGUUGUCUUCAAUUUAGACGAGCCCUGGCCUUUGCAAGGGAGCAUUUCCAAUUGCUUAAGAUUCUACUCGGAGUUUGAAUCAGGAAAUCUUCGUAAAGCCAUCCAAGUGCGUGAGUUUGAGUAUGACUUGUUGGUCAAUGCUGAUGUGAAUAGUUCCCAGCACCAGCAGUGGUUCUACUUCAAGGUGAGCGGCAUGAGGGCCGCUGUCCCUUAUCGGUUCAACAUCAUCAAUUGUGAGAAACCCAACAGCCAGUUCAACUAUGGGAUGCAGCCGACGAUGUAUUCUGUGAAAGAGGCUCUUCUUGGCCGACCUGCCUGGAUACGGACAGGCUCUGAAAUUUGUUACUACAAAAAUCACUACCGUCAGAAUGCAGCAACCAUGGAUGGAGCAUCUGGGAAGCGCUAUUACACCCUCACGUUUGCUGUUACCUUCCCACACGAUGAAGAUGCCUGCUAUCUGGCCUAUCACUAUCCCUACACCUACUCCACCCUCAUGACACAUCUUGAAAUUCUGGAAAGAAGCAUCGAUCACAGGAAAGUCUACUUCCGGCAUGAUGUUAUCUGCCAAACGCUGGGAGGGAAUCCAUGCCCACUGGUGACAAUCACUGCCUUUCCUGAAUCUAACAGCGCUGAGCAUCUGGAACAGUUCCGUUGUCGUCCUUAUCAGGUGAUCACAGCCCGAGUUCACCCAGGUGAGAGCAAUGCCAGCUGGGUGAUGAAGGGAACCUUGGAGUUCUUAGUCAGCAGUGAUCCUGUGGCAAAGCUCCUGAGGGAAAACUUCGUGUUCAAGAUCAUUCCUAUGCUCAACCCAGAUGGUGUCAUCAACGGCAAUCACAGAUGCUCACUGAGAGGCGAGGAUCUCAACAGACAGUGGCUCUUUCCCCAAGCUCAUCUCCAACCAACCAUCUACCAUGCCAAAGGUCUUCUUCACUUCCUAAGCAGUACUGGCCGGGGGCCUGUGGUCUUCUGUGAUUUCCAUGGUCACUCCCAAAAGAAGAAUGUAUUCCUUUAUGGUUGCAGUAUGAAGGAAACUUUGUGGCAAGCAGGUUGCACUGUUGGUGAAUCUGCCCUCUUGGAGGAUGUCAGCUACAGGACACUUCCUAAAAUCCUGGACAAGCUAGCACCAGCAUUCACCAUGAACAGCUGCAGCUUUCUGGUAGAAAAAUCACGAGCUUCCACUGCUCGAGUCGUGGUGUGGAGAGAGAUGGGGGUUUCUAGAAGCUACACCAUGGAGAGCAGCUACUGCGGCUGCAACCAGGGCCCCUAUCAGGGUCUACAGUUUGGUACUGGCGAGCUGGAAGAAAUGGGAGCUAUGUACUGCUUGGGUCUGCUCAUCUUGGAACUCAAAUCUGCAAGCUGUAGCCAUAAGCUCUUGGCUCAAGCUUCAACUCUACUGAAUGCAGAAGUUCUGGAACACUACCUCCAGCGAUGCAGUAGCAGCAGCAGCAACAACAGCAGCAACAGAACAUCUGAGGUAGACGAUGAGCCAUCUUGCAUGGAGGAGAUCGACUACAGUGCAGACAGCAGCUCAGACUCGGAACAGAACUUCACUGAGCUGGACCGGCAGAUCCAGGAGUGUGCCUUUAACAAGGAUGAAGAAGAAGAAAAUGAGGAAGGUUCGGGGUGGAGAAGAAGAUCUGUCCCCUAG